AUGCAUGUUAUGAAUUGUCUCUCCUUGGUCAAUGAUAAAGAAAAUGGGGCUAUUUCAGUUGCAACUGGAUUGAUGAUUGAAGAUACGACAACAGAACAAGUGCCACCACCUCCUCCAGCACCGCCGUUGCCUCCACCAUGUUCAGUCACAGGUGCUGGUUUUACACCUCCACCCCCCGGGGUGCCCCCACCACCACCACCGCCUCCUCCUCCAGGACCAACCCCACCUGCUCCACCACAGUUUAUAAAUGGGCAUGGCCCCCACAGCAAAAAAAAACGGAUGCGGAGUUUCUUCUGGAAAACAAUUCCUGAAGAGCAAGUCCGCGGUAAAACAAAUAUCUGGACUAUUGCUGCAAGACGGCAGCAGUUCCAGAUUGACACAAAAACAAUUGAGGAGCUUUUUGGGCAGCAAGAGGAAACCAACCCUCAGGGUCCUAGAAGGCGAACUUCAAAAUCAUCCUUUAAAGAUACUAAAGAAGAGAUUUCCAUCUUGGAUUCAAAAAGAAGUAUGAAUAUUGGGAUAUUUCUCAAACAAUUCAAAAAGCCUGCUCAAUCCAUAAUUGAAGAUAUUAAUCAAGGAAAAAGUGAUCCCUAUGGGCCUGAGAUGCUGCGUGAAUUCCUUAAAUUAUUGCCAGAAGCAGAGGAGGUAAAGAAAUUACAAGCCUUUGAUGGAGAUGUAGCAAAACUGUGUCAAGCUGAUUACUUUAUGUAUUUACUAAUCCAGGUGCCAAACUAUUCUCUUCGGAUUGAAGCUAUGGUGCUAAAGAGAGAAUUCACACCUUCUUGUACUUCUCUGAAGAAAGACAUGGCAAUUAUAAGAACAGCUACGAAAGAGUUAAUGUCAUGUGAAGAACUACAUUCCAUAUUACACUUGGUCCUUCAGGCUGGGAAUAUUAUGAAUGCAGGGGGUUAUGCUGGCAAUGCAGUUGGCUUUAAACUCUCGUCACUGCUCAAGCUGGCAGACACAAAAGCAAACAAACCUGGGAUGAAUCUGCUGCAUUUUGUUGCUUUGGAAGCACAAAAGAAAGAUGUGGUUCUUCUAACCUUUUCAGAAAAAUUACAGCAUGUUCAUGAUGCAGCCAGAUUAUCCAUUGAUAAUAUAGAAGCAGAACUUCAUUCUCUGUCUGCCAAGACAAGAUCUCUUAAAGACCAUAUUCGACAGGACCCAGGACUCUUUCACCAGAUGGAAGGUUUUAUCCAGUUUGCUGUAAAAGAACUAAAAGAACUAGAAUACUGGAAACAAGAAUUACAGGAGGGAGGAAAUACACUUAUUGACUUUUUCUGUGAAGACAAAGAAACUAUGAAACUGGAUGAGUGCUUCCAGAUAUUCAGGGACUUCUGCAUAAAGUUCAACAAGGCUGUUAAGGAAAAUAGGGAACGAGAGAGUCAAGAAAUUCACCAACUGCAGAGAUUAAGGGAGCUGGAGGAAAAGCGCCGAUCCUGGGCCGCUGGAGAACUUGGGAGCUUUGGGAGAAGUAGCAGUGAAAAUGAUGUUCAGACGUUGGCUAAAAAAGGACUGGAGGAUUUUCUACCUUUCUUGCAGCAGAGACCUCAAAGUCCUUUGAAUAGAAACCCCAGCACUAGGCGCUCCCGACUGUCCUUAGGGAUUACUACAGAUAGAGAGCUUCGGACUUUCCUGGAAAUCUCCAAGGAUGAGGAUCCAAACAAAUUCAACAGCCUUCCUCGUGCAAACACACGACAAGCAAGACCCAGCAUAGCCUUGACUGAAUCCAAAGAGCCUAGAGAUCUCAGUUUAAAUAACUUGAAUUUACACCAAGCAUCUGAAACCAAAAUUGAUAGCGCAGAUCUGUCUCAGUUGCCUUCAGCUCAGCCCAGUCACUUACAAGACAUGGAAGUCGGCUCUACCAGUACUAACCUCUGUUACUCAGAAAAGAAUACCGACAACAGUCAGCACAGGUCCAGUGUGCCUGGUGUGGAAGCAACAGAUAUAAAUGCUUUGGCCCUUGCUGUUGAGGAAUGUAAAGUUGUUAAAGGACUACAUAAGUCUGAUAUUCAAGGAACAAAACCUAUGGAAGACAUGCCUUUAAUAAACUUAGAGGAUGUUGGUGCAGCAGACUUAGAGACUCUAGAUGACUUGAGCUUGCACUCCCUCAGCACUGUGGAUAAUGAUGAUCCAAUGCCCUCUUACAAAAGUUCCAGAGAGGCCGAUGAUUGUCAAGCCAAGGUGGCAAGCUGCAAAAAUGAAGUUUCAGAGCAUGCCAGUAGUGGCCCCACAUCUAUGGAUACAAGUGUUUCUGGCAGUAAAGAACAUGGGCCAACAUUCUACUUAUCUGAUACUACUGAUUGUUCUCUGACUUUCGACUGUUCAGAAGGAAAUGAUUUAAAAUUAGUUGGCAAUGAAAUGAAAGAGCAAGAUGGCAGAGCUUACUCUUGUGCAAAUGAUGCUCGAGGUGGGAGUAGUACAGUCCCCUCAAAUCUGAAUUCGUCCUCUGCAAAGGAAAUUUCUCUUCAUACUUCCUCAAAUGACAAAGAGGACUCCAGCAGCAAGCACAACUUUCCUAAGGAAAAGCCUGUAAAAUGUAGAGAAUCCUUAGGACCAAAGAGAAACUCUCUAAAAGAUAGAUCUCUAAACUCCUCAAAAUCCAGUGGCACUCGCCCUACCCAGACAGCUACUGCCAGACCAAUAAGAACUUUGAAUGCAUCUGAAAAUGUGAGUAUGAGAAAAGUGGUGCCCAUUUCCAGGUCAAACAAAGCACCAAGCAGUCUGAAAAAGCCAGAAGCCAAACCAGCACUUCGAGAGGCCAGUACAGCUGAAACACAACUGUCACGUCGCAACUCUAUCCGAGGCACAACAGAAACCCUUCCAAGAACUCCUUACAGGCAUAGCUUAUCAGUAGAGGAGCCAAAAUUGCAGCGAGGGACUGCAACUUCCAGCAGUGCCCAUUUUGAGAGGGACCAAGUUCAGCGCAAGGGCUCUCUUAAAGUGCCAGGUUCUAAAUCUGUCCGAACUAUUCCCAAAUCAAAACCAGAUGAAAGUAAGAUUUGUCGCUCCACUGUAAAACCCCAGGGCCCUCCAGAUGCUAACAAAAGCACGACAGCCAGUGCUCCCAAGACACCGUCCUCUAUACCAAACUUUGCAAGGAACACAGUGGCCUCUUCCUCAAGGAGUGCAAAGGUGGAUCUACCUAACUCUUCGAAAACUCCAAGCAUCACGAGAUCAGUGUCUCAGAAGCUACCUAGAACGAGGCCUGCAGCAAACUCUGAUGACCUCAUCCCCAAGGAGAAUACUGGAAACCUCCUAAAACGAGCAAGUAGUGCUAGAGUUGUCAAAAGGAACACAGACCAUAGUGAUAUUCUCAGUGCUAAAGUGGAACCUACAGCAAAGGAACAAGGUAUAAUGGAAAAGUCGUCCCUUAAAUUGAAAGAUGCAAACCGGACCACAAUAGGGAAGAUAUUUAAACCAUUAUUGAAAUAA